AUGCCCAUUACGAACCAUCUAGGCCACAAGGUCCUCUCUCCGAUUACGGAUAAGGAGGAGUUUGAAAAGGCAUGCAAGAAGAACAUCUAUCAUAUGCUUAUGUACUCAGCUCUGCAGGGGAUAUGCCAGGCCAUCGCGCAGAUGGGUAUCUUCGAUGCAUAUCUUUACGUUAUGGCUGGGGACUCCAAUAAAGCUGUCGGAUGGGCUGAGUCCAUCUCUGGGUUGAGCCAAGUCUCUGUUGCCAUACCAGCAGGCAUACUGGUCGAUAAGUUCUCUCGAGCCCUGAUAUGUCGAUGGUGUGGUUGGUUCUCCUUGCUCAUGGUCGUGUUAUCAAUAUGUGGUAUAUACUACGACAAUAUGAUAGUCAUAUGCUUCGCCCUAGCUGUGGCUGGUGGCUACUUCGCAACACAGAACUGCGCGACCUACUCCCUUUUCGCAGACUCCAUCCCUCAGGGUCACCGUGCUAAGUGGCUAACGCGAGCAUCAGUGGUGAAUCAGUUGGCCUCGGGAAUCGGACCAUUCAUCGGUCUAUUCCUGUUCGUAUACUUCGGUAAUGAGUGGCGACUAAGUGUGCUGCACACUGUGCUCAUCAUUGGUUUUCUCGGAUUCAUCCCUGCCAAUUUUUUCCUCUUUGGAUGGACUGAUGUAACCCAUGAGGAUGGUCUCGGUGGCAACGCAGGCCGAUCAGGCGCCGGGAUGACUGUGAAGUUCUUCCCACUAUUCUUCAAAAACGACUAUAACUUCUCGCCGACUCAAGUGCAGCUCCUCUGGGCUUUCUAUGGGCUCACCUUUGGUCUCUUCACAUGGUUCUGUGAUAAAGUAGCGAAUCAUGUCGGUAGAGUCCAAGCUGGAAUCCUCUUCUCUACUCUUGGGGUUAUAUGCCUCUUCUGUCUAGCAUGGGUCCGCUGGUUGCCCGCCGUUGUUUUUACCUUCUUACUCAGAGGGGCGGUCCAGAAUGCGAUAUACCCGGUUGAUCGAUCGAUCAUUAUGGACUUCGUACCAUCUCACCAAAGGGGGAGGUGGAACGCCUUGGAGUCGCUAUCGUCGAUGACCUGGUCGGGGUCUGCAGUGAUAGGAGGGUACCUGAUGGACAACCAUGAUUAUCGAUAUACCUUCGUUGUGACGGCUUAUAUUUAUCUGGUGGCCUUGUUGAUGCGGUUGCCGCUGCUGAAAUUGGUCCCUAAGGAGGAGAAGUUCACGUUCACGGAGAGUCUACUGAGUGUUCCAGAAAGCAAUGCUAGUAUGGAUGAGGAGAGGAUGAAAGCAUCCACACCGAGUGGUAGUGGGGUUCCUACUGUUGUCGACAGUGCUAUGUCUUCGGCAGCAUCUCGAAGGGUCGCUGAAUGUGUAUAUGCAAAGAUAGAUGAGUUGAGGAUGAUAGUAGAGGGCAAGGGGGCUGAGGAAGAUGUGGAGUUGCUCACUGAGGUUAUAUGUCUUGUCACGACAGCAAUGACAGCUUGCUCGAAUGAAGUAGCGGCGUCAGAUGGCGAGGGUCAGCUCGAUAAACUCGUGGACCAGGAGUUUAUGGUUGCUGCGUUGGAUGCUACGAUAGCGCGGCAUCCUCGGUGUUCACUGUUGGCGAACGCAGUCCUCGAGCUGAGUAGGGCAUUGGGCCAACUGGGGGGGAAGGGAGUUAUUGCUGAUGCCCUGGUAUGCGAGAAGGAAGCUGUGGAGAAGUGUCUGGCAGGAGAGGGAGGGAGGUCUAUGGGGUAG